AUGGGCUUCGCGCUGAAGAGGCCUGCUGAGGCCACGGGCUCUGCAGCCCCGGCAAUCAUUAUUGGAUUGUUCGUUGCUUUUGGUGGUGUUCUCUUUGGAUAUGACACAGGUACCAUCAGUGGUAUCCUCGCCAUGAAGUUCUGGCGUGAGAUGUUCUCUACCGGUUACAUCAACGAGAAGGAUGGUCUUCCGGAUGUCACCUCCUCCCAGUCCUCCAUGAUCGUCUCUCUCCUCUCUGCUGGUACAUUCUUCGGUGCUCUCGGUGCCGCCCCUAUUGCCGACAAGUUCGGUCGUCGCAUGGGUAUGGUCAUCGAGAGCGUCGUCUUCGUCUUCGGUGUCAUCCUUCAGACCGCCGCUACCUCCAUCCCCCUCUUCGUCGCUGGUCGUUUCUUCGCCGGUCUGGGUGUCGGUCUCCUCUCUGCUACCAUCCCCCUCUACCAGUCUGAGACCGCUCCUAAGUGGAUCCGUGGUACAAUCGUCGGUGCCUACCAGCUAGCCAUCACAUUCGGUCUCCUUCUCGCCGCCAUCGUCAACAACGCCACCAAGGACCGCAUGGACACAGGCUGCUACCGCAUCCCCGUCGCCGUCCAGUUCGCCUGGGCCAUCAUCCUCGUCGUUGGAAUGCUCAUUCUCCCCGAAACCCCCGCUUCCUCAUCAAACAAGACCGCCACGAAGAAGCCAUCCGUGCACUCGCCCGCCUCCGCCGCAUGGACAUCAACGACCCAGCCCUACCUCGGAAAGGCCUCCUACUUCGAGAUCGUCAAGGGCUCCCUCGGCAAGCGUCUCGCUACCGGCUGCGCCGUCCAGGCCCUGCAGCAGCUCGCAGGUGUCAACUUCAUCUUCUACUACGGCACGACCUUCUUCCAGAACUCCGGCAUCCAGAACUCCUUCGUCAUCACCCUCAUCACGAACAUCAUCAAUGUCGUCUCCACCUUCCCCGGUCUGUACAUGGUCGAGAAGUGGGGCCGUCGUCCUUUGCUCAUGUUCGGUGCUGUCGGCAUGUGUGUCUCGCAGCUCAUCGUCGCUAUCGUCGGUACCGCUACCAACUCCGAUGUCUCGAACAAGGUCCUCAUCGCCUUCGUCUGCGUUUACAUCUUCUUCUUCGCUAGCUCUUGGGGUCCCGUCGCUUGGGUCGUUACCGGUGAGCUGUACCCGCUCAAGGCCCGUGCCAAGUGUCUCUCUAUCACUACUGCCACCAACUGGCUGCUCAACUGGGCUAUUGCCUACGCCACCCCUUACAUGGUGAACAGUGGUCCUGGCAACGCGAACCUCCAGUCUAAGGUUUUCUUCAUCUGGGGUGGUUUCUGCUUUAUCUGUGCUAUCUUCGUUUACACUUGCAUUUACGAGACUAAGGGUCUUUCCCUUGAGCAGGUUGAUGAACUUUACGCCAAGGUUCCUGUUGCUUGGAAGUCGGUUGGCUUUGUUCCUUCCGUGAACUACACUGAUGUUCGUGAUGUUGCUGCUAACAUGAAGAGUGGUGAUCUUGCUCAGCUUGAGAUUGAUGCUGGUGAGAAGCGUGCUGGUGAGCAUGCUACUCACCAUGAGAGUGUCGGUGCUAAGGCUGAUGUUUGA